UCUCCUGCUUGUAAUUUUUCUACGGCUAAAAAGUGGAAAAUCCCAGCUGAGUGUUGCACACAAAUCUCGUACUCUCUUCUUAUUUAAAUAAAAUAAUUAAGAAAAUAUGACGCAGGAAGGUGAGAAGUUAACUGGAAUCCACAAAUACUUCAACAGCACGACAGUGAAUGGCCGUGCGAAUGUGGCGAAAUUCACUCUUAGCGUACUAGGUCUUGUCAUCGCCUACAAUGUCCUGAAGCCAAAGAAAGCCAAGCCAGCACCUACUCAGUAGAAUCAGGGAGAAUAUGUUAUGGAGGUGUAGCUGAUCGAGAUGUGGACCUAUCGCUUAUGUAACACCUACCGAUUAUUCGUAUCUUCGUAUAUUGUUAGUAUCUUCAAAAUUACUUUCUGCUCCCUUCAAAUAAAUGACUAAAUAAAUACUCCAUUUAUUAUCA